AUGGUCGAACCUGCUGCUGUGCCCGCUUCGGCGCCGCUUCCCGUUGUGCCGGCGGCGGCCGCUAUCGCCCCUGUCCCGUCGCCGACGCCGUCGGCAGCGCCGCUGAUCCCGCUUCUGCCGGGUCUGCAGCCGCUGCAGCCGCAGACGGGCGAGGUGGCCUACCGCAACAUGCGGGUGGUCGAUCUGAAGCCGCUCCUGCGGCAGCGCGGCCUGCCCCUUUCCGGUAACAAGGCUGAGCUCGUGCAGCGCCUCGUUGCCGACGACGCCAAGAAAGCCCGCGCCUCCUCCACACCAGCGCCAGCGCCGCAGCCAUCGCCCGCGAUUCCACAACCUCCUCGACCGCUGCAGGCCAUGCCGGCGGCACGGCCGCCGCAACCGACGGUCAUUGGCCGAUCGAGCGCGAUCGACCUCUCGCAGGAGGACGAAGUCGUCUCGCGCGUUGCCAAGGCCGAGCCCGCGUUCCCUUCCCCGGCUUCGUCGUCGUCGUCGUCGUCGUCGUACACCGUCACCCAGUCCUCUUCCUCGUCAUCGACCGUAAUCGAUCUCACGUCCAUAGGCGACGACGACGAAGACGAUCUCGACUCGGCCGUGGAAGUCGUCAUGACCACGCCUUCCGGCGGCAAGGCCAGCGGUCUCGAGCGCAAGGCGUCCGUAAUGUCUGCGGCGGCGGCUCAGACUCACAUGGGCACCCCGACGACCACCGCCAGCAGCAGCAGCGCGGCGAUGGCCAGCGACGUGACGGACCUGUCCAACGCCGAUCGGGUCAAGCGGCGCCGGCUGAUCGGCGACGACGGCGAGCAAGAGGAAGACGAAGCCGGCGAAAUGAGCGAGCAGGGCCUCUAUCAGCAGAUGCAGGACGCGCUCGCGUCGGGGCUCUCGAUCGAGGCGGUGGUGGCGGCCCUGCGCAGGAGGGCGGAGCUCCGGCGCAGCGCGUCAUCACGCACCUCGUCGUCCUUCCUCGGCGCGAUGUUCACCAACAACGAAACGGCGGCGCCUGCGGCCACGCCGACCGGCAGGCGCGGGCGGCGACGGAUCAUCGACAGCGACGACGACGACGAUGACCACACAGACAUUUUUGGAUACCGGAGCCUCUAUGUAAAUAGUCCCAUGAACGCGGAGAUCGAGGAGGAGCUGCCCGAGCCGCCCAAUCUCGAGGUCACCCUGCUGCCGCACCAGAGGCAGGCUCUGUGGUGGCUCAACAAGCAGGAGAAGAACCCCAUCAUCAAGGGCGGCAUUCUUGCUGAUGCCAUGGGGGUGGGCAAAACGAUAGAGAUGCUGUCGCUCAUCUUGCACACGAUCGACGAACAAAACGCGGCCAAGGAGCAGGCCCAGAACAGAAAGAGAGUCCAGGGCGGCACGUUGGUGCUGUGUCCGCUGUCGACGCUGUCGCAGUGGCAUCAGGAGAUCAGCGACAAGAGCCAGGAGGGCGCGCUCCGGGUGGCGGAGUUCUACGGCGCCAAUCGCCAGAGCUUCACCGCCGCCAGCCUGGCCGACUAUGACAUCGUGCUCACGACCUACGGAACGAUGGCUCGUGGGUGGUCGUCCGAGGACGACGCCCGGGCCUUUGUGCGCCGGCGCCUCGGUCCCCUGCACCAGAUGACCUGGUUCCGCGUGGUGUUGGACGAGGGCCACAUCAUCCGAAACGAGAGCACCCAGGCGGCCAAAGCCGCCUACGCGCUCAAGUCCAAGUACCGAUGGAUCAUGUCCGGCACCCCGAUCCAAAACAGCUUGGACGACAUGUACUCGUUGCUUCGGUUUCUGCACGUGCCCGAGUGCAUGGACAAGGCGUGGUGGAAGCAGAACGUCGAUCCGGCCGGCGACUUCACCGCGCUGAAGAAAAUUCUCGAGACGCUUCUGCUGCGCCGACCGAAGGACUACGAGAUCAAGGGCAAGCCCAUCGUCGACCUGCCGCCGCUCAGCAUCGUCGAGAGCAAACUGAACCUGGACCACCACCACCAGUGGGUGUACGACUACCUGUUCAAGGAAUCGGCCAACCUGUUCGCCCAGUACUACAGCGAGGGCACGGUGUGCGACCAGCCCAUGCUGGUGGCGCUCUCGACGCUCGAGAAGGAGAAGAACGCGGAGGCCGACCGCCGCCGGCGGCGCGGGCGGCGAUCGCGGACCCGGCACAAGUUCUCCUACUACGAGAUGGGCCGCAAGCUCAGGGCCACCUAUGCCGCCGCACCCAAGCCGGGCGAGUCGGAAGGCCAGGAAGGCGACAAGGCGCUUCUGGGCGAGCUGCUCGGGGUGGCGGAGCUCUGCCGCCUGUGCUACGACGAGGUCGGACCUGAGGACAAGAUCGAGACGUCGUGCGGUCACGCCUUCUGUCGCACCUGCUUUGAGGAUUGGCAGGCGGAGCACGAGGGGCUGCAGCAGUGCCCGGAGUGUCGGCUGCCGAUGCGGGUCAAAGCGGAGGAGGCGACGGGCUCGCCGGCCAUCAAGUCCGAGGGGCGCGGCCGCGAUGGCGUCAAAAAGGAGGCGAAGGAGAAGAAGAAGAGGGAGAAGAGGUCGGGGCGGAAGGGAAAGAUGAAGAAGGAGGACUACGACGAUGACGAAGAGGAAGACGACGAAGACGAGUGCAGCGACGACGAAGACGCCAAGCAGGACCGCAGCGCACUGUUCAAGUCGCUGGACCUGAGCAGCGACGACGACGACGAGCUCGAAGUGAUGGUGGUGACCCCAGCGUCGAUGAUGUCGAAAGCCGCCGCGGGCGGCAGGACGCCGACGAUGUCGGCGGCGGCGGCGGCCAAGGCAAAGAACGAAAACGAAAACGACGACUUCCUGUUCGAGGACCUGGGCAUCACCGCCACCCGGGCUCUUCCGACGGUGAAGGCGGAGGGGCCGCCAGUCCCUCCGACGGUGAAAGCGGAGGCGCCCCGGGCCGGUGAUGAAGCAACAGGCCGACGACGAGAAGGCGAAGAGCCACAAGAAGGCGAAGGUGAAGCGGAGGAGAGAGAAGGAGAGGAGGAAGCCGCGCAGGCUGAUGGCGAGUGGGACCUCGAGGAGGAAGAGCGGAGAGACGAAGAGGAAAUCCAAAUGCUCCUGGAGAGCGCGCUGGUUGACGAGUUGGAAACGAUCCGUGACAGCGGUACGGGGGUCAAGUCGCUGGUGUACUCCCAGUUCACGCGCUACCUGGACAUGGUGGGCCACAUCCUGCGAUGGAAGGGGUUCACGUUCGUGCGGUUGGACGGGAGGAUGAGCAAGGCCAAGCGGCAGCGCUCGAUGGAGCGCUUCAAGGACGACCCCGAGGUCACCAUCUUCCUCAUCAGCCUCAAAGCCGGCGGGUUCGGCCUCAACCUCACGUCGGCCUCGCGGAUCUACCUGCUCGACCCCUGGUGGAACCCCGCAACGGAGCAGCAGGCGAUCGACCGCGCCCACAGGCUGGGCCAAAAGCUGCCGGUGGUGGUCACGCGCUUCAUCAUCAUCAACUCGAUCGAGGAACGCAUCCUCGAACUACAGAAGAAGAAAAACGAACUCGCCCGCGGCGCAUUCGAGGGCGGGAGCCCCAACAGGCUCGGCAUCCGCGAGUUGUCGAUGCUGUUCAGCAACAGAGCGCCAGACCCGUCCGCCGGUGACCAGCCCCCGCCUGGGCCGCAACAGGAGCUCCCACGCGGCCCUCUCGGUGCUGCGUUCAUCUGA